CUUUCGGUUCCUUGUGAACUUGUUUUUGUUCUGCAUUUCUCCUUUUUUUCGAGCAAUUUAGCAUACCAAUACAAAAUGGCUGACGCUUUGAAGGCAGAAGGCAACAAGGCCUUUUCUGCUAAGGACUAUUCUACUGCUGUUGAGAAAUUCUCUCAGGCCCUUGCCAUUGAACCCGAAAACCACAUCCUCUACUCCAACCGCUCCGCUGUCUACUCCGCCCAGAACGAAUAUCAAAAAGCCCUCGAAGACGCCGAGAAGGCGAUCGAGAUCAAGCCCGAUUGGUCCAAGGGCCAUGCCCGCAAGGGUGCUGCGUACCGCGGUCUCGGAGAUCUUUUGGCUGCGCACGAUGCCUAUGACGAGGCCCUGAAGAUCGAGCCUGGCAACGCACAGGCCAAGUCCGGUCUGGAGGCGACCCAGCGCGCCAUCAACGCGGAGGCUACCGCAGAUGGUGUCAGUGGAGACCCAACAGGAGGUCUCGGCGGCAUGUUCAACGACCCUGCACUGUUCCAGAAGCUGGCCAACAACCCCAAGACCGCCUCCCUUCUGGGAGAUGCUGAGUUCAUGGCUAAGCUGCAGAAGAUCCAACAGAACCCUAACAGUGUUGGAGAAGAGAUCCGUGACCCGCGCUUCCUGCAGGUCAUGAGUGUACUUCUCGGUAUUGAUAUGAACUUCGGUGGCGAGGGAGCGGAGCCUCCUGCCCCCGCUGCUGCCCCCAGCACCUCGCAGCCCAAGAAGGAGCCCACCCCGGAGCCCGAGCCAGUAGACGAGGAGGCCCUCGCGAAGAAGCAGGCCAAGGAGGCUGCUGAUGCCGAGAAGAAGAUCGGUAACGAUUUCUACAAGAAGAAGCAGCUUGAUGAGGCCAUUGAGCACUACACCAAGGCCUGGGACCUUCACAAAGACAUCACCUACCUGAACAACAUUGGUGCUGCCAAGUUCGAGAAGGCCGAUUACGAAGGUACUAUCGAGACCUGCCAAAAGGCUGUCGAGGAGGGCCGCGACUUGCGCGCCGACUUCAAGCUGAUGGCUAAGGCGUACACCCGAAUUGGUUCUUCAUACGAGAAGCUCGGCGACCUCGCCAAGGCCAUCGACUUCUACAACAAGUCUCUCAUGGAGCACCGUACCCCUGAUACCCUGACCAAGCUCCGCAACGCCGAGAAGAUCAAGACCACGACCGAGAAGAACGCUUACAUUGACCCUGCCGAGGCCGAGAAGGCUCGCGAGCUUGGCCAGCAGAAGUUCCAGGAAGGUGACUGGCCCGGUGCCGUUGACGCCUUCACCGAGAUGACCAAGCGUGCCCCCGAAGACCCUCGCGGUUACUCCAACCGUGCCGCCGCCCUCAUCAAGCUCAUGGCAUUCCCCGGUGCCGUGCAGGACUGCGACGAGGCCAUCAAGCGCGACCCCAAGUUCAUCCGCGCAUACAUGCGCAAGGGUGCUGCUCUCAUCGCCAUGAAGGAAUACAACCGUGCCCUGGACACCUUCACCGAGGCCGCCGACCACGACGACGGCAAGCACGCCCGCGAGAUCGAGCAGCAGCAGCAGAAGUGCCUGGACGCCCAAUUCAGCGCUCGCGCUGGUGAGACCGAGGAGCAGACCAUGGCUCGUAUCCAAAAUGACCCCGAGAUCAUGGCCGUCCUCCAGGACCCCGUUAUGCAGAGCAUUCUCCAGCAGGCUAAGAGCGAUCCCGCUGCCCUGCAGGAGCACAUGAAGAACUCGCAGGUGCGGAUGAAGAUCCAGAAGCUGAUGGCUGCUGGUGUUAUCCGCAUGGGGCGGUAAAUGCUUUAAAGGUGUAGAGCAUUCGAGGGAAUUGAAUACGAAUUGACACGAUAUAUCUUUGCCAGCAUAUUUUUUAGUUCCAUAUUGCUAAAAUUACAUUCUGCUUACAUGCA